AUGUAUUUCCGAAACCUCUUCGUCUCUCUUUUCUUGGUCUUCGCCGUCAGCUUUGCGCUCGUUCGGGCUGAAGAAGCUAAGGAGCCUCGCGGCCCCAAGAUUACCUCCAAGAUCUACUUCGAUAUUCAGCAUGGAGAUGAGCCCCUUGGUCGCAUUGUGAUGGGCUUGUACGGCAAGACCGUCCCUGAGACCGCUGAGAACUUCCGCGCUCUGGCUACUGGCGAGAAGGGCUUUGGUUAUCAGGACUCGACCUUCCACCGUGUUAUUAAGGAUUUCAUGAUUCAGGGUGGUGACUUCACCAAGGGCGAUGGCACCGGCGGAAAGUCGAUUUACGGCAACAAGUUCAAGGAUGAGAACUUCAAAUUGCGUCACACCAAGAAGGGCCAGCUGAGUAUGGCCAACGCCGGCAAGGACACCAACGGUUCUCAAUUCUUCAUCACCACCGCUGUCACCUCUUGGCUCGAUGGCCGCCACGUCGUCUUCGGCGAGGUCCUUGAGGGCUACGAGAUUGUCGACAAGAUCCAAAACGUUCCUAAGGGAUUUAACGACAAGCCUAGACUGGCUGUCAAGAUCGUGAAGAGCGGUGAGCUCGAGCUUGAGCCUGAGACCGAGGACAAAGAACUCGACCAAGAGCCGGGCGUCACCGAUGAAGCUCCCGAUGCUACCGAUGUUCCCGAGGCUGCCACGCCAUCCUACUUCCUGCAGCCGGCCGUGAUUUUCUUCGUUCUGGUCGGCGUUGUGGGUGUCUGGAUUGCCCGUCAGCGAGGCCAGCAGCACCAGCAAGAGAAGGAACAGUAUGAUGCAUAA